UGCAAGAGGACACAUUGAGGUCUUUCAUCACACAGACAGACAGACAACUACAGAUCCCAGUCUACUCACAAUAAUAAUAAUAAUAGUAGAACAGAGAAUAUUAAUGUGCUCACAUCUCACACAUCAUUCAGUCGUCAAUGAACUUCUACUUUUCCUCCUCAGAAGACGUGAUGUGUGAGCGGCCGAAGAUCCACGUCUUCCUGGGGGCUCCUCCUCCUCUUCCUCCUCCUUCUCUUCCUCCUCCUUCUUCUUCUCCUCCUCCCCCUAACGACUGGAGAGACCUGGAGCUCACCUGGCAGGAUGGAUGCCUGAGGCCUGCAGCAGACGAAGCUGGAAACCGUCUGUUGGAGGAACGAAGAAAGAACAAAAAAGCUGAAGGAUCAACGUCGAGGUCACACAUCCAGGACCAUGAACCAGACAGAGAUCAGGAGGACUCGUGUCAUCUCAGACCUGCAGACAGGAUCCUGAGGAGGGACGAAGAAUCAGAGGCAGGACCGGAGGAUCAGUGUUCGGCCUCAGUUCUAGAGUAUCUGGACAGCUGUUUCCCUGCAGCUCAACCAGAACCAGUGAAACCAGAACCUGACCCUCCUCUGUCCGCCCAGGCUCAGUUCCUCACCACCUGGACUCUGAGUCAGGCCUUAAUCCUGAGAGGCAGUAGUGGAGUCCAAUCAGCAACCGGCCCUGACAAAACCCCGCCCCCUCAAACCCCGCCCAAGAACACCCAAACGACUCCAUCCGUCUCCUCCAGCACGCCGGAGCUCUUCAGCCCCGUGACCCCGUCACCCAGAGCCUCCCCAGAGCUCUCCGGCCAACGCUGCCCGACCCCGAGGGCGGAGGAAGGGGGCGUGGUGGUCGAGGCCACCGCAGACGGGGUGCUCUGCUCCCAGGAGUGCAGGACCCCCCAAGACUCUUCUUCCAAACCCCCUGAUUCCAAGAAAGCUAGAACCUCAGAGAACCUCUGGACCGAAGAGUCCGCCGACGCUGCCGCCACCGGGCUCCGAGGUUUCUCCACACUUCUGAUCCGGUGUGACAAACAGGGGGUUCGGCACUCGGUUCUGGUGGCGGUGGUUCACCCCUGUCACCUGAAGGAGGUGAAGGUGAAGGCCGGGCCGUCGGCAGGAAGCUCCGUCCCUCUGGCGUCCAUCGUGGUGACGGACCAAUCGGGUGUCGAGAUGAAGGUGGUGCUGUGGAGACGGGCGGCGUUCUGGGCAUCGACUGUCAGUCCUGGAGACGUUCUGCUCAUCACAGGACUGCAGGUGAAUGACGACCGGUGGAGAGGAGAGACGGUGCUGCAGUCCACCUUCAGCAGCAAACUGCUCAACCUGGGACGGAUCACCACCUCCACCUCACCGCCAGCUCCUCGGCAUGUUAACGCCCUAGCUCUCAGCUCUUUGUGUGGCUUUCUUCGGGAGCAGCGCCCCCUGCUGGUGUCUCUGAACCUCCGCCCACCUCAGGACCUGAGCCGCCUCCCCUACGCCACCCUGAGGUCGCUGAGAGUCAACACGCUGGUCCACGCGCUACUGCGUGUCACGCACACACACAUCAGCACAGCUUGGCGGAGUGAGGCGGAGUCUUGCUUCAGGUCAGCCGUUCAGCUGCAGGCCGUUCUGACUGUGGAGCAGCCGCACGGCCAGCAGGGGGCGCUGCUGCUGUGGGGAGCAGCUGUGGACUGGCUGCCUCGCUUCAACAGAGACAGAGCGGCUGUCUGGGAGUUCCAGUUCCUCCUCGUCAGGGAGGGUUUGACCUCCGACCUCGCCGAGCUGCACUCCACCCCCUGGAGCUCGGUCCGGCCUCUGGAUCCCGCCAACCGCCGGGCGCAGGACUUCCUUCGACCGCGACCCGUCCGAACAGGAAACGGCAGCAGUCUGGAGCUGGACCUCGACACGCUGCUGUCUCAGAAAUACAACGGUGAUGUGGAGCUCAGAGUCCAGGUCACAGCCUUCCACUUCGAGGACUCUACGCCGUCCCAGAAUGCACCUCAGCCGGUCCUGGACAGCUCUACACCGCUCGCCGGUAUCCUCGUGGCGCUGAACGGUGACAUCACCUACACCGGCUGCGGUCGCUGCUCCGCCGAACUUGAUACCGAUGCAAAUGGAAUCUACGGUCCCUGUUACCCCUGUCUGCCCCACACCGCCGUACGCCGCUACUACAGGUACUACUACAGGCCAGGUGUGUUGACAGUGAGUGGGCGGGGCCUCCGUGAGGUGCUCGUUCAGGUUCCUCCGGUUCCGCUGCAGAAGAUCCUCGAGGCUCCGCCUGACAGACUCAGCAGGAGCUCAGGUGGGACACAGAGGGACUUCCUGUCAGCCCUGAUCCUGGAGCGUAGAGUUCUUUAUAUCUACUUCUGUGUCUCAGCUCCAGGCUCACAGCUGAAGCACAUCCAAGUGGCAGCAGAGAGGAUCCACACCUUCCUCUCCCUCCCAAGAGAAACCUUCGUCAUCACCGUCCGCAGCCACUUCCUGUGCGACGAGAACAGCGUCCCCAUCAGUCAGGACCUCACCCUGCUGGACCUUCAGCGGCUCUGAAGCUGAGCUGGUCCGUUGGAUCAGCAGGAACACAAGAGCACAGAAGUGUUUAAGGAUUAAAGCGUGUUCCUCUGCUCUACUGUGAGCCGCUAACCAACCCAGCCUUCUCAUUGGCUCAUACGCUAGUGUUCAACCUACUCAUUGAGCUAACGUUAGCUCAAUGAGUCAGUCGGUAGUGAGGUUAGUCCUACGUCUCUACUCUUGUUCCUGGUCUCUUUCUAUAUUAACUGUUCAAUAAAACCAAAAUACCAAAUAAUAAA